AUGGAGGAGCUUAAAAGUGUGAUCUUAUCUAUGAAUCCUAAUUCCGCAGCUGGUCUUGAUUGUAUAAAUGGUUACUUUUUUCAGAAGUGUUGGCACAUUAUCAACGAUGACUUAGUGGGAGUUGUUAAGGCCUUCUUUAGUGGGCAAAUGAUUCCUAAGUAUUUCUCCCAUUCUUGUGUUGUUCUACUUCCUAAAGUUACUAAUCCAAACAAGCUAACUGAGUUCAUGACUAUAUGUAUGAGGAACUUCACUAGAAAGAUUAUAUCUAAAUUAGUGAGUACAAGACUUAGCUGUAUUCUCCCUUCUUUGAUUUAUUCCAAUCAAUUCGGGUUUGUUAAUGGUAGAAGUAUUUCUGAGAACAUAAUGCUUGUUCAGGAAAUCAUCCACCAUAUUAAGAAACCCAUUAUUGGGAGUAAUGGCAUCAUAAAGCUAGACAUGCCAAAGGCGUAUGAAAGGGUUUCUUGGUCAUACAUUUGCUUUGUUCUAAGGAAAAUGGGGUUUGCUGAAAUAUUCAUAGAUAUGGUUUGGAGAAUCAUGGACAACAAUUGGUAUUCAAUCAUCAACGAUCCAAAUGCUGAUGGCAGAUUUCUUCUAGGGAUGGAUGAAUGGGAGAAAAAGAUAUCACUAGGCAUCAUGAAUGAUCUCAGCUUUCCUUCUUAUGAAGGGGGAGUAGGCAUGAGAAAUAUAAAGGAUAUUUGCAUGGACAAAAUCCAACACAUCUUCAUUUCAGGACAAUUUGCAUCCAAAGUUUGGAGAAGUUUUGUAGCUACAGUAGGGGUCCAGCCUGACUGCCAUUCACUACAGCAGAUGCUCCAAUAG